AUGAUGGGAGGGCAAUCUAGCAAAACGAGAGGAAGUGAUAGCCCAUCACCACCUCUCCAAGAUGACACCAAUUCCCAACUCACAGAAGAUUUGAGCUCGUAUGAGGAUGCUUGUAAGCAAGAUCCGGAUUUGCAAUCCUUUGAUGCUACCCUCCAUGAAAGGACUAAUCAUGUGAUAAACAGCCUUGCUACUGGUGUGGAGAUUAGAUCGUUAGGCUCAUUUAAAGAGGUCACAAGUUGUCUUCUUGAAAUGAACCAAGAUGUUGUUAAAGUCAUACUAGAAAGCAAGGAAGAUAUAUGGAAAAAUCGAGAAUUGUUUGGUCUGGUUGAGGAAUACUUUGAAAAUAGUGUCAAAACUAUGGAGUUUUGUGCUGCUCUUGAAAGUUCUCUUAAACGCGCUCAAAAUAGCCAGUUAAUUAUACAGUUUGCAAUUAACCAGUUUGAGGAAGAAUUAGAAUUGCAAGAUGGGGCGGUUGAGAAGAAGUUCGUGAAGACGAUAGAAGGAUUGCAGAAGUUUAAGGCAGCAGGGGAUCCAUUUACACCGGAGUUCUUUUUACUGUUUCAAUCAGUAUAUAAGCAACAGGUAUCCAUGUUGAAGAAAUUGCAAUCUCGAAAGAAGAAGCUUGAUAAGAAAAUGAAAAAAAUGAAGACAUGGAGGAGGGUGUCGAAUGUGUUGUUUGUAUCUGUUUUUGUCUCUGUGCUGAUUUUCUCGGUGGUAGCAGCUGCAGUUGCUGCACCGCCUGUUGUAACGGCCUUAGCAGGUGCGAUGGCCGUUCCAAUUGGUUCAGUAGGAAGAUGGUGCAACAUGCUAUGGAACCGUUACGAGAAAGCAUUGAAGGAACAGAAGGAGUUAGUAAGCUCAAUGCAGGUGGGAACUUUCCUUACAAUCAAGGACAUGGAUAGUAUACGGGUGCUUGUCAACAAAUUGGAAGUGAAAAUUGAGUCACUCUUGCACAAUGCUGACUUUGCUAUCAGAGAAGAAGACACUGUGAAACUUGUGAUAGAUGAGAUCAAAAGGCAGAUGGCGAUGUUCAUGGAAACCAUUGAGGAUUUAGCUGCCCAUGCUGAUGCAUGCAAUCGCGACAUAGGCCGUGCGAGGACAAUGAUUCUGCAGAGGAUACUUAAAUAUGCUGACCAGUGA